AUGGCUAGCGCCGCCCCUCGCUUCGCCUUGCGUAGUAGUCGUCUUCCCCACGCAGCACUGCUGUGCCUCGUCAUUUCCAUCGCGCUCUCCGCGCCGUGCGCCGUGCGCGGCGCGCAGGGUCCGGCGGCGACGUCGAUAGCGGCGGCGCUGGCGAGCGCGUCGUCGUCGUCGCCGUCGCAGUCGUUCAACGUGUCGCUGCUCGUCCUCAACGCCACCGGCCUGCUCGCCAAGCUUCCCGCGCUCGCGCCGCUCACUCUCUUCGCGCCCACCGACGCCGCGUGGCGCGCCGCAUUCCGCGCCCUCGCGCUGCAGUAUCUUACCGGCUACAUUCCCUUCCCCGGCCCCGUGUUUGGAUUCGGCGGCGGCGGCUGCGGAACCCCCGGAAGCCCGGGCGGUCAGGGGAACAGUUCGGGCGGCGCCGCCAAUUCCGGAGGCAUCGCGCAGCCAAUCUCAGAUCCCGGCGCGGCGGGAGGCGCUAGCGGCGGUGCGAGCGCGGCGAUGAUUCCCGACCUUCCGCAAAUUGACAUGCCGCUGCCUGGCGUUCCCGACAUGCCCAUGCCCGGAAUUCCUGGGAUCCCCGGGAUUCCUGGCGGGUCGGACGGUGUGACGAUGCCUUCCCUCGAUAACAUGACGAUUCCCAUGCCUCCCGACAACUGGACCUUGCCCGACCUCAAUAUGACCAUGCCAGGCAUUCCCGACUUUAAUAUGACCAUGCCUGGCAUCAAUAUGACGAUGCCCGACUUUAACUGGACCGUUCCCGAUUUGAAUAUGACCAUGCCCGACAACUGGACUAUGCCGGACUUCAACUGGACCAUGCCCGACUUUAAUUGGACCGCACCUAAUCCGUUGAUUUUCGACCCGCUUCUCGCCGCACUGAGCGCCGUGUUUUCUGGCGACGGGACGCCCGCGUCGCUGGCGGCGCUGGCGAAGGAGCGGCCCGAGACGCUGAAGGCUCUGUCGGAGCUGCUCGCGUACCACGUGGCGACGACGGCGCUGAACGCGGCGGCCAUCGCGGCGCGGUUCACGGCGGAGGCGGGCAACCUGACGACGGUGAACGGGCAGGGGCUGUGGAUCAACUACAACAAGAGCGAGUCCGCCGCGCUGCUCAACGCGUACUCGCCCGCGCAGCGCGCGCUCAUCAGCGAGGGGAUCAUCGUCGGGUACGACGGCACCAUCUACUACCCCAACGGCACCACCGUCGCUGCCAACGGCACCGUGCUGUUUGACGCGGCGACGAGCCCAAUAGCCGUGGACUCGGAGGGUAACACAUACUUCGCCAACGGUACCGUCGUGAGGGCCAAUGGCACCCUCGUCUCCAAUGGGACAGCCAUCCCCAUUGACGGGGGGGGCCUCCCCGUGCCCCCCGUCCCCCUGCCUCCAGCCAUCACAUCGCCUCCCUCCAACGGCGGUGGCUCGGUGGCGCCACGUGGCGUGGCUGGCGCGCAGAUGGAGCCCCCCAUGCCCCCUGCUGACAUGCCCCCCGCUGACAUGCCCCCCAACAUCCUGGUGGACCCGCUCCCUAAGGACAUGAUGGGCGGGUGGGGGGGCAUGGCGGAGUGGUGGGGCAACUGGACUGCAGAGGCGCAGCAGCAACUGCUGGCGAAGGCAACUGAGUGGAUGAACCAGGCCGUGCCGGGGCUCAACAUCACUGCCACUGAGUACCUCGCGUGGCUCAACUCUUCUGCCUUCGGCUGGGCGGCAGGGUCCGGCAGCACGUGGGAGCAGGCUGGCAGCGACAUGAAGGUGGCUCGGGUGGUGCGGGCUGAUCUGAUGGACAGCGCUGGCAUCGUGGUGCAUGGCAUCGAUGGCGUGCUCUUCCCGCACUACUGGGGCAUGCCUGUGUUCCCAGUUGUGUUGGACGACUCAAACUUGACAAGGAAUGGCACGGCUACCAACGGAACCACCGGCGAGGGGGGCAAUUCUGCCUCUGGCAAUGGAACAGCAGACGCGGGUGGAAUGGCAGAUGGCAGUCCUACCAGCAGCAGCCCUGGGAACUCCAGUGGAGGGACCAGCAGCAAGGGAGAUGUUAGUAGCAGCAGCACCGUGCCUACUGCUGGGACAGCUUCGGCUGGCACACCUGGAAAAGCUGGUGCUAGAGGUCAUCCAGCCGUGCUCCCACUCUGGUCUUUCAUCCUUGCAACCUUAGCUGAUGCGAGCCCAGCGGCGAUUCAUCAGUUCGUGGAGGAGGAGCAGCGCCGAUUCGAUGCGGAAGUCGCGGAGGUCGAGGCGUGGUGGGCGUCGGGCCGCUUUGCUCUCACCAACAGGCCCUACACUGCCAGGGACGUCGUUCGCCUUCGGGACAGCCUCCCCAAGAUGUACCCUUCGGGAAUGCAGGCUAAGAAGCUGUACGCGCUGCUGAAGCGGCACCAGGCGAACGGCACGUGCUCGCGCACGUUCGGGUCGCUGGAUCCGGUGCAGGUGGCGCAGAUGGCCAAGUACCUCGACUCCAUCUACGUGUCGGGCUGGCAGUGCGCGUCGACGGCGGCGACGUCGAACGAGCCCGGGCCGGACCUGGCGGACUACCCGUACGACACGGUGCCCAACAAGGUGGAGCACCUCUUCCUCGCGCAGUCGUUCCAUGACCGCAAGCAGCGCGAGGCGCGCUUCAGCAUGAGCAAGGAGGAGCGCGCGCGCACGCCGUACGUGGACUACCUGGCGCCCAUCAUCGCGGACGCCGACACGGGGUUCGGCGGCAUCAGCGCGACGGUGAAGCUGGUGAAGAUGUUUGUGGAGCGCGGCGCGGCGGGCAUCCACAUGGAGGACCAGGCGUCGGUGACGAAGAAGUGCGGGCACAUGGCGGGCAAGGUGCUCGUGUCCACGCAGGAGCACGUCAACCGCCUCGUCGCGGCGCGCCUACAGAUGGACAUCAUGGGCACGGAGACGGUGCUGGUGGCGCGCACGGACGCGGAGGCGGCGACGCUCAUCAUGACCAACGUGGACAAGCGCGACCACGCCUUCAUUCUCGGCGCCACCAACCCGCGCCUGCGCGACCAGCCGCUGGUGCAGGUGAUGGCGGACGCGCAGGCGGCGGGCAAGACGGGGCAGCAGCUGCAGGCCAUCGAGGACCAGUGGACGGCGGCGGCGGGGCUCCGCCUCUUCGCGGACGCCGUCGCCGACGCCAUCCGCAAGCUGCCGCUGGCGGAAACCGAGAAGGCGCGCCGGCUGGACCAGUGGGCGGCGCAGGCGGGCGCGCUGUCGAACGCGGAGGGGCGCGCGCUGGCGGCGAAGCUGGGCGUGACGGAGCUGUUUUGGGACUGGGACCUGCCGCGCACGCGCGAGGGCUUCUACCGCUUCCAGGGCAGCACCAAGGCGUGCGUGGCGCGCGGCAUCGCGUUCGCGCCGCACGCGGAUCUGGUGUGGAUGGAGACGGCGAAGCCGACCAUCAGCCAGGCGCGCGAGUUCGCGGAGGGCGUGAAGGCGGUGCACCCGCAGCUGAUGCUGGCGUACAACCUGUCGCCGUCGUUCAACUGGGACGCGUCCGGCAUGAGCGACGCGCAAAUGCAGGAGUUCAUUCCCGCGCUCGCGCGCAUGGGCUUCUGCUGGCAGUUCAUCACGCUCGCCGGCUUCCACGCCAACGCGCUCGUCACCGACACGUUUGCGCGCGACUACGCGGCGCGCGGCAUGCUGGCGUACGUGCAGGACAUCCAGCGGCAGGAGCGCGCGUUCGGCGUGGAGACGCUGGCGCACCAGAAGUGGUCCGGCGCGAGCUACUACGACAGCCUCAUGAAGACCGUCACGGGCGGCGUCUCGUCCACCGCCGCCAUGGGCCACGGCGUGACAGAGGAUCAGUUCGGUUCAGCAGGCGCUGCCACGGGCGCAUCGCACUUGCUGGCGUCGUUGUAA